UCUCUAGUCUGUGUGAGUAGCCCCGCCCCUCUGAGAUGAGCCGGUGAAGAGAUCUGUUAGCACACAGCUGAAGCCUCGCGCUUUCUUUAACUCUCAGCUCUUGUUUGUUUUAUUAGAUUGUUUGUUGUAGUUUAAACUGUUAGAAUUAGAAAAACAACCGGGACACAUUGUAACGUGGAGCAGCGUGUGAGAGGAAACACGCGCUCCCUGCAGGAUGGAGCAGGACCGGCCUCCCCCUCAGGUUGUGGGGGUCACCCUGUGUGACUCCGCCCCUCUGCUGUGGAGGGUGCAGGACCUGAAGGAGGUGAGGGCCCGGGGCCUGGUUGGGGGGCUGGUGGGCUCCCUGCCACGAACCCCCCGACAGAACGGGAGGCUGGGGAGGCCCCUGCUGCUGCUGCCAGAAGAGGAGCGGCUGCUAACCGAGCUACAUGCUAAAGCUAAUGCUAACCAGGGUGCAGGGGGGGUUCAGCUCAGACUACAGGUGCAGCAGCACCAGGAGGAGCAGAAGAGGAGCUUUGAGGAGCAGAAAAUCAUCGCUCUGCAGGACAGGAAGUCAGCGCUGCUGCGUGCCAUGACAUCAUCACACACAGAUUCUGCUGCCUCAGAUGAGUCACUGCGUGGCCGCCUGGAGGCCCUGGACCGCAGCUUUACCUUCCCCCGCUCAGCGCUGGCGGUGCAGCUGAGCACGUCAAGGGCAGGUCUUCAUCACUGCUCCGAGGACCGGGCCUUCCUGAGGGCCCAGCAGCCAAUCACAGUGCAGGACGACCCUAGGGCCGCCGCCAGGUACCAGGUGUUCGGAGACCUGAGGGGGCGAGGCUUCUACCUGACCUCAGCCGGGAAGUUCGGAGGAGACUUCCUGGUCUACCCAGGUGACCCCCUGCGAUUCCACGCUCACUUCAUCGCGGUGGUCUUGUCUCUGGACUUGUCUCUCUCUCCUCUGGACGUCCUGGCUGUUGCUCGACUCGGUUCCAACGUGAAGAAGACAGUUCUGCUGUGCUCCCCGGGGCGGGGGGGCGGCGUCCUGUACACCUCUCUGCAGUGGAGUGGCAUGGUGUAGCCCCCCCGCAAACUCUUCAGCUGGUCUUCAGUCACAGAUAUUUACAUCAGUGUGUCUGAAACGCCUCCCCUGUACCCCUUAGUUUACUUCAGGAACACGGUGACAUCACUAUGGAACACUAGCACUCCAUUGGCUAGCGCUCCAACACAUUGUAAGUAAUAGGCUAAGGGGCGGGACAUCUCUAAGUGGUUGACCAAUCACAACAGAGCCGCCCAGCUCACCAAUCAGAGCAGUAUUGAUACCUGUGAUGUUUGACUGAGGAAUAAAUCAGACCUGAUCAAUCAUGUUUUAAUUCCUUCUCUGUGUCCUGAAACUGAGACACAGUUCUGAUUGAUUGAUUGAUUGAUUGAUUGAUUGAUUCAGAUCCCAUGAGGAUGUUCUUCAUCAGUCUCUGGAGGUGUGAGGAAGCUUCCCUCUGGGCGACUGUGGCUUCGAGGUAGUGCUGUCGUCUUUCAACAUGUCAAUGUAUCCUUGGGCAAGAUACCUACCCCCGAUUUGCUCCCGAUGGCCAACGGUGUAUGAAUGUGUUAGAAAGGUAGUUACCUAGAGCAGAAAGUGUACUGCUCUGUAUGAAUGGGUGAAUGACAUGUAGUAUGUAAAGCGCUUUGAGGGGUCGAAAAGACUGGAUAAAGCGCUAUAUAAGAACAA